AAAGUUGUUUUUCAUCCAAAUAUAGCUCAUACAUAUAGAAGUGACAACACAUCUACAGGCCACACUUCCUCUACAGAAAUGUCUUCUUAUUUUAAAGAAUCACUAAGCUCCACCUCCUGCUUCUGUCAGCCACUGGUCGCCCCUCAUACACGUCUUUCCGGUCGGGCUUUAUCUCGCCUCCGUGCUGCUGGUACUGAAGAAACAAACGCUCCAUUCUGUCGUCUUGUAUUUGUGUAGUCAAAAAAAAAGCUCUAUUGUUCUCUUUGAUUAUUUUACGGUUUGGGGACAGAACCGGAGCACUUUCAACAAACGGCCCCGUCUCUGACCGGAGGAGCAGCUGCAGGAGCUCGGUGGAGGAGAGAGAGGCAGGCGGAGAGCGCCGAGCAUCGGCUGGAUGGAAUACAAAGGUAACGAGGCUCCUCUGUGAGCGGACUGCUUGUGUUUUCAGCGGAGACGGGAGGAAAUAUGUUUUUUUCUUUUUCCUUCGGAGAGCAGAGGAUGUGAAUCACCAGUAAGAGCGUGAUGGCCGAGCAGGACGCGCUCUGUUGAAGCAGCAUAGAGCAAAAUGUCCCCGGGUCCUGGUUUCAGGAGUGAAAGCAGAGUGGCUAUCCUUCGUUCCGCAGACUCCAUUACGCACCAGCUACUGCUGCUCCUAAAUGCGUACAUUCCUGUUCCCGCUCUGUUCCCGUUCAUGCUGUGAGAGGAUGACUGGCUGGCGUUGAGGAGAACCAGUGUCGGCCCCUCGCUGGCUUCUGGAUCGCGUGUUCUUCCUGCGGCAGCACCACGGACAGCGACGAUGACUCGGCUGCGCAGGAAAGCUCUGGUUGCGCUUUUCCUCUUCACGCUUUUCAUUUUUGGGACCAUGAUGGGCCUGAGGACGCUGAAACCCAGCGACGGCUUUUCGGACCUGGCUCCUGGUAUGGACUUCAUCGGGGAGAGGUCAGAGAGGAGGAGGCUGGAUGUGAAAGACGUGGUGGUUUCCCCGGGUCAGUUCCACAUGAGCAGCAGCGACACGAAGGUGGUUUUCACCAGAUCGGACCGGGAGUACAGCAUAUUCUACGACGUUCACAUCUUCUACUACCUGUGGUACGGCUCUCCCAGCGUGGACAACAAGUACAUCCACUGGGAUCACGUGCUAGUGCCACACUGGGACCCAAAGAUCGCAGCCAGCCAUGCUCAAGGAAAGCACACGCCUCCGGAGGACAUUGCCUCGAGUUUCUACCCCGAGCUGGGACCCUACAGCUCGAGGGACCCGAAGGUGCUGGAGUCACAUAUGGCCCAGAUAGAAGCGGCCGCAGCGGGAGUGCUGGUUUUGUCCUGGUAUCCUCCCGGAGUGGGGGACGACCACGGGGAGCCCACAGAGGACCUCGUUCCUACCGUUAUGGACGCUGCCCACAGGCACAGCAUCAAGGUGGCUUUUCACAUACAGCCAUACAAGGGCCGGACGGACCAGAGCAUGUAUGACAACAUCAAAUACAUUAUUGACAAGUAUGGAAAACAUGACGCCUUCUACAAAUUCAAGUCGAGCACCGGGCGAGUUCUGCCUCUGUUUUACAUCUACGACUCCUACCUGACACCGCCCGAGUCCUGGGCAGAACUUCUGACAACUAAAGGCUCCCGCAGCAUUAGAGGCACGCCUUACGAUGGGAUUUUUGUUGCACUCAUUGUCGAGGAGCGUCACAAAUACGACAUCCUAGCUAGCGGCUUUGACGGCAUGUACACAUACUUUGCCUCUAACGGCUUUUCGUUCGGCUCAUCUCACCAGAACUGGAAGGCCAUCAAGGCAUUCUGUGAUGCAAACAAUUUGCUGUUUAUCCCAAGCGUUGGUCCCGGGUAUGUGGAUACUGCCGUUCGACCGUGGAACAACCAUAACACCAGGAAUCGUGUUAACGGACGUUACUAUGAGACGUCGCUGCAGGCAGCUUUGUCUGUCCGUCCAGAAAUCGUCACCAUUACAUCCUUCAACCAGUGGCACGAAGGCACACAAAUAGAGAAGGCUACGCCCAAGAAAACUGUGACCCGUUUGUAUCUAGAUUAUCAGCCUAACCAACCAGACCACUACUUGGAGCUAACACGCCAGUGGGCUGAGAACUUUAACAAAGAGAAGGACAAGUGGCUGAUGUGAGCGUCAGCUGAGUGGACAGUCUGAGCAUCGCUACAACACAAUGUUGAGCUCGCUGCCACACCUCUGUGUUCCUCCACUUAACUUUUUUUCCCCAAGUCUGAGCGCUCUACACAAAGUUUCCGCUCAACACUCUCUUCCUGUUUCGAUUGCCUGUCAUGUUUUGUACAUGUUAACAAUGACAUUCACAUGUUGAUGCUUCAGGGUCGCAGUGAUAAACAGCUAACACUGGUUUUGUGAGUAGUGUGGGGUCCUGACUACUAAAACCACGUGGAUGUGUACAGUAACUCUACUACUCUGUGAGGUUUAUGUUGUAUUUUCCAAUGCUCCAGACUGUUCUUUCCUGUCUUUCCAUGGUGACAAAUUAAACUGUGUGUCUGUUUAUAGUUGGACAAUCAGUCGCUGAUGUGAAAAAGGUCUAAGAAAGAUGUGAUGUGUAUAAGAUGCUCAGUCAUCGGCACAGUCCAGAUGUUUUUUUUAAAUCCCCUAAUUUCUCACUCACACUGGAGUAAAGAAAAUAUGAGACCAGAAACUCUUUGUGACAGGGAAAAAUCAGUGAAUGCUUUGAGCUUUUGGUUGUCAGAGACCAACUGGUUAUCCAGAGCGUGCAACACCCCAAACUCUUGGUGAGCACAUGCGAUCGCCAGCUGAUUGCACUCACUGGCUGUCUUGUGGUAGUCAGUGUGUCUCCAAAUAAUUCCCAUCUAAAAUAUAAAUGCAGAUAGACUGCAAGCACAUUGCAAUCAACCCGAGUUCACUGCAAAUGCAAAUGCAACUCAUGCGCAACACAUCUUUACAUUAGGGAUUUGCACAGACCUGGUCUCAGUGUUCAAAGCAACAGCAUCAUAGGUUUGCUGCACAGAGGGCGAUCAUUUUGGUCUCCAGCCACCGUUUUCCCCAGUGUGACUGUAGCAUAACAACUAAAAAGCUCUGGAUAUUUCACUGUUUUCUGUUUGUUGUCUGUUCCUGCUGCUCCGAAGUGGCCAAAGAUGAGUCAUCAAAGGUUCAUUACUAACAUCUCAGAACUAUCGAUGUACACUUUUGGAGUGAAUUUGACAGCUGGGAAAUGCUUUAGCUGCCUGAGUUUAGAUGGGCGUCCAGCCUGUCACUGAGUCAACAGUCACUACAAGAAAGUGUCCUGUCCUAAUGGGCUUUCUGAAAAAGAUGCUUCAAAGUUCUGAUUACAGAGUUCUAUAAGUGCCCCCCCCCCCAAUAUAUUUGUCACAGUGUACUGGAGUGAUACUGGGGAUCUUUUGCUUCUUAGGCAGAUGUGUAAAACACUGCACUAUGGAGCCACUAUCAGUAGUGAUACACUCAUAACAACAUAUCAGAGCUGGUCCUCGACCAAUGGCCACUUCAUUCAUGUACGUCCAUCAGUUAAAUGUAAGGUCAGGGAGUUAAACGGUGCUCUGUGAAGAAAAGAGAGAGAGUUUAAGAGGUGGAAUAAAAGAGGUGUGAUGAGCAUCAGGGGGUAAAAAAAUCAAACUGGGAUCAAUGGAGAACCUGCUGGUGUCACUGUCAGACACACCAGAGCUAAUAGUCAGUGCAGGGGAACAUUUUAAUGAGGUUAUUAAACCUAGUGUGGUUUCCAUAAUGAGAAAGAAAACAAAACAGGGUCGUCUCUCUGGUUCCAAAGGAAAUAGGAGUUUGAAGAUGAGGUUUCUGAGAAUGAACAGAAAUGAAAGGGACGGUGUUUGGACACACAGGACCUUCAGUGAUUAACACAUUUAUUAGACCGCCUGUCAAAAAAACACAAAUAUUUUAGAAAGUUCCAUAAAACUAAAACUGAUGUUGGUAUUUAUUAGACAAAUAACUUAUAUGCUUUUAUAUCUGAGUUUGAGCUGACACACUGGACUUCUCCAAGAUGCCAGAAAUUAAUCAAGAAAUUAAUUUCAGAAACAAAAGUCGAUGAAUAAUAAAAAAUAAAUUACCAGUACUGUCAAUUUGAGGCAGUUGUGGUCUAAUAAAUUUGUUAACCACUGUCUCUCCAAAAGCAGCGUUGCCACAUCCAAACUGUGUUUAGGAUAUCAAACAUUUGAGUUUGCAUUAGCAUGUCAGGUCUUUUGGAUAUUUCCUGCAUUUCUUCCCCUUUCAGAUUAAAAGAAAACAGUUUCAAGCUGUUUUUUUUAUCAGAAUAUGUUUUCAUACGGUCCGUAGAGCAGCUUUUAUUGUGUAGAUGAGGGUUGAAUACUUGUGUAAUUAACCUGAUGGCAGUAUUUCCGUGGCGUGCAGUUGGAAGAGGAACACAGCAGAGAAAAGCCAACCAACCAAUCUAUUGCCUUGCUUUAAUGGCUCUGCCUGUGCUCAUGAAAACGACAUGUUCAUGCUGCUGGCAGUGAACAUAAAUUGUCGAGCCACCAAUCACUGCAAAUGUACAGUGUAGCACUUGGAAGGCAGCGUGAUUCUCUCAGAAGUCUUUUUAGAGAAAAAGGCUGAGAAAUAGAGAGGAGACAAACACAUGGAUAACAAUACUAUUCUUAUUUUAACGAUUACUGACACUAAACAGAGGUUUUACAGCUCCAGUCCUGCUGGUGUGGCUGCUGGGACUGUGCUAGACAUACUCAUAGAAAUGUCAAUAACUCUUGACAAUCAGUUGAGUUAUUGAAGAUGGUUUGCCAGAUGACAACUUCUGAAAUGCUCUGAUUUCUCACCACCACCAGUACGUUUCAUUUAUUCCAUUAAUAAAAUGCACUGGGCAGGUCCACACAACAUGUUUCCACCAACCGUCCUUAUCCCCACACAUAGCAUCGAGGCAUCUUAUGUUUUACCCGUUAACAGAUCUUUAGAGAUUUGACACCACAUAUUCAAAAGUUUAAUGUUACAGUAUCAGGUUAUUAAUCUGAUUACACAUUAAGUCUGAUACCACAGAUAGAUUAACACAGUUAUCCACACAUUUCUAAGUAACUUUGCUACAGUCAUGUCACGGUGGUCAGGCGUGGCAGUGUUGGAUGCAGGUUUAAAAGCGCCACAGCUACACCAUCACACCAUGAUUUCUCUACAGUAGAAGCUUUGUUUUUCUUCACUUUCUGUUUGGUUCAAAUUAGGUAAGGAUCACAGUUUAAAUAUUAAAAAAUAUGGACAUUAAGCACAUUAAGAAACUAUACUAACCAGUAUGUUCCAAUAUGACACCCGGGAUGCUGAUUAGCUGUCCGUUUAAUCGUCUUGAUCUCCACAUCCUGAAGUUUUAUGAUCCCCAACGUUUUUUCUCCAGGCUCAGCAUCAAGCUAAAACCUGACUUUGUCAGUACUGUACCAAGUAAGAUGUAUCCAACUUCAAACAACAUGACUGCUUACCUCGCUAAUUCAUGUUUAAUGUCUAACACUAGCCACAAGUACGCUAACAUGUCAGUGACUGUGACAAUAAUCAAAGUUUGGCUUUUUUGGCAUUUUAUUUAACUGUAUAUUCACAGACUGUAUAUUCACAUUAACUCUAAAGGUGGCCUCAUAUUGAGACCAGAAGAAAUAAAACUUUGAAUGCCAAAAUACCUCUAAGUCCAUGCAAAAUACCAUGCUAAGUCUUCUUAGCAUGUUGUUCACUGUUUGAAACAAUGAUGUUCCCUUUUAGAGUAGAUAGAUGAGAUUUUUUACUUUGUCUCCACAUAAAAAUUGCAUAUAAGUGGAUGUCAAGAGUACCUUUUCCACAGAGAUAAGUAAUUUCCUUAACUACAUAAUGACAAGAAUGCAUCAACCACAGCUAGCUGAGAUUAGCUAAGCUAUGUUUUUACAGGGAAAGUGAGUGAGAAAAAGCUGUGUUAGAGAACGUCCGAGUGCAGCUAGCUCACUGUGAUGAUCCAAAAAGCAGUUUGAACAUCACAGUGAGAGCAGUUUGAGAUGAUCUAACAUCCUCUGAACAUGAUGACUUUUAUGAAAUGGUCAGCAACAACAUUCGGGUAGGAUGUCACAUUUAAAUGAUGCUCAGUUGGUACCAAGGAGCCCCACAGUGGUGUACCACCACCACCAACCUGAACCGUUGGUACAAGGCAGGAUGGUGCUUUCAUCUUGUUUACUCGAACUGUGGAUUGACAGAUACCUUGGUUGUAAAUGAGUUACUGCUGCUGUCCUAUCAGCUUUAAGCAGUCUGGCCAUUCUCAGAGGUCAGAGGAGGACCACCACUCACGAAAUGUUUGCUGUUGUUUGGAUGAUCCUCUGUAAACCCUAAAGAUGAUUUUGUGGGAAACACCCAGGAAAUCACCAGUUUCUGAGAUACUCCAACCAGCCUGUCAGGCACCAAUCCCCAAGUAACCAACCUCCUUAAAUCACCUUUCUUUCCUGAUGCUUGCUUUGAUCAUCAGCAGACCAUCUACAUCCCUAAAUGCACUGGUUGUGAUUGGCUGAUUAGAUAAUGGUGCUAAUGAGGAUUACCUCAGGAGUGCCUGAAAACCUGGCCACAGGGGGGAGCAUGACCUGCUUACUGUUACUAACGUCUGCAUGUUCUAAACAUGCUGACAUGUGUGAUGAAAAAUUUGUAAAUUAUGAUUAUCUGUCAACAUACAUAAAUAAAUAAAAAACAUGGUGCAGGCGCUUUGACAUGGCACCGUAUGUUCCAAGCAGGAAAACAUGAGGUAAGGACUUUCAGCACGAAUACAACAUCUGCUGUAGAACGAGCCAUUAAUCAGAGUAAUCUCUUCUGUUCACAAUAUUGUCAUAGCAAAAGGCAAUAUAUUACAGGUGUGUGUGUGUGUGUGUGUGUGUGUGUGUGUGUGUGUGUGUUAAAAUAUGAAGGCUAAAUCCACCAUAGAUUUGUUAUUUUUUAACAAAUGUUUUCAAAAUAUGGACGCGAUUUAAAACUCUACUCCUGAUGCCUGUAUUGUUUUAGUUUCUGUCAUGCUUAUUUGUCAUGUUCUAAAACAGGGGUCUCAAACCUGCGGCCCGGGGGCCACUCGCGGCCCACGUCACCCCUACUUGUAAAUUGACGUGUAGAAAUAUAAUGCAGUUUGACUGAUGAAGUGACUUUUUUGUUUGUUGUUGAGUGACAUGUUAAAAUAAGUUCUUCAAAUGAUUGAAUAUGAAGGCAACAUGAUCAGAGACACAAACAUGCUGAGGGAUUGUCUGUGUUAGGUCACUGACAGACUCACAAACUAAUGUGCACACUUAUGUCUGCACUUUGAUUUUGUUAAAUACGAACACAAUGACAGCAGAUUAGACAGGAAAGCAGAGAGAGCGUGGAGAAGCCAUGGCUCAGACCGCAGGUUUGACCUCAUGGCUUACAAUCACCUGCUCAGCCUGUGAGCCACACAUGUACACUCUCACCAAUCCAACGAAUUAACAUGCAAGGAGCUGUUGUCCCAGUACAUGAUCAGGAGAGCCCACAGAGCCCAGACUGUCUUUGGGGAACUUUUUCUGUCCUCCCAGGAAGUGGACAGGAAGUGGAUAGGAAAAGGUUGGUGGCAGAAAGGGCAGAGAGAAAGUCAACAAUACAAGUUCUCCAGGAGAGUACAUCUAGAGCCGGCUUUACAGCAGGCAUGGCAGCUGGCAUGCUUGGAAUGAUGAUAUCCCAUCCAGCCCAUUAUCUGCUCUUUUAACAGCUGAAUGGUAUCCAUUACCAUAACUGAUUCAACCAUGAAUUCCGCUCUGUACCGGAGCGUCUGGGCAUCAGCUCGUUUUUCUAUUUCCCUGUGCUGUUAAACAAGGACAGCUUCUUCAAACAUACUACUUUUAUUUUACAUGAUUACAUCAUUUGAUUUUGUUAUUAUCAUUUCAAAACUGCAUCUUGUAUUUAGUCUGGUUAUCUUUCUCUUAUGUUAAAAAGUAUUUGAUGAUCUGAAACGUGUUAAUGUGACAAAGAUGCAGAAGAAGAAAGCAGGAGAAUACUUUCUCACAGUGCUGCACUUAAAUAUAAUCAUUGUCUCUACGGCUGAUUUACAGGUUAAUGAGUCAGCGGUGGAAGAAUAUUCAGUUCCUUUAUCUGAAUAAAAGAACCAAAAGUCCACUGUAAAAGUAUUAAUGGUUAAUGAACUGUUAAUGGUGAGCAUCACUGUGUAAACUGGUGCUCACCAUGCAUGUAAGAGAUUUUACAGCUGGGAUCUCCUCCACAUCUGUUCAAUAUAUAUGCAGUUAAUGGACUCUUAAGUCUACAUUGUUAAAUCCUUUUUUUGUUUUCCCAGAGUUAUGUGUGCAUAGAUGCAAGAGCUCCAUCUGGUGGAGUUCAACAGCUCCAUGAACACGAUUCAGUGCAAACGAUAAAAGCUGCUGACACGGUGGAUAAAAGCAGUGCACCUCAUCAGUCUGUGGAGUCUAGAUCGGAGACAACUCUAAUCUUUCUUUCCUCCACAUCCUUAACUAUACAUGAUAAUAUGAUGAUCAAAUGAAUGUUACACUGAAAGGUGAACUCUUCCGAGAUAUACUGACUCCUACAUAACGUCUGAAAUACAUUCUAAUAAAAAGCUAUAUCAAUAAA